AUGCCUGUCCGACGGCGACUCUGUGGUAAGCAGCCGCCGCCAAACGGCCCCCCUGACCGGGAGGCACGCAAGCAGCUGCUGAUAUGGCUGCGCGACAAAUGGGCUGCGCAGCGAAUGGCCGCUCGGAAUGAGCACGGACACGCCAAGCGGCAGCGGUGGAGAGCUUCAUUUGCACAAGCCGACAGGCCGCAGAUUUUGCGCGACAUGUUGCCGCAAAUUCCUGUGAAGUUUGCACGUGCUGCACGUGACCUACUGGCAGGGGGGCAUGUCGAAGAGCCGAUUGUCAACGAGCCAUCGCCGCAAGCAUACAAGGGCACUGGUACUAUGUUCCGAUACAGUGGCUCCUUUAGCAUGAUUGAGCAUCAACCUUCCUUGGACCUGCUUGCGGCAGGACCAUCUGUCGACAUUGAUCUGCUCAGUGCCGGCCUACGAAACGCACCGCAGGUGCUUGCCAUUUGGGAUGACUUUCAAAGUUGGAUGACCGAGCUCAGCAACAAGUACCGCUUUGAACGGGUCAGCACCGCCCUGGAGCUCCACACAGAGGUGACGCUGCAACGCAGAGUGCCUUCCAUUCACUUGCACAUGAUGUUUGACACCCGCGACUCGGCAGCAAUGCGGGCUCUAGCACCGUACCUUCCUGGCCCAUGCACCCGCAUGCUGCGGCCAGGGCGACAAGUGCAUCUGUCUGGACAAAGUUUGGCAUUUCGUGGGUGCAAGCCGCACAUCUCCUUGGAUUCCUCGCAGGCUCGUGGGCGGUCAGUCCGUCGUGCACUGGAUCAAGGGCACUUUUAUCUCCAAGUGGAGAAGAAAGGGUCCAUUUUUCGCCAGACCACUUGCCAGACUUUCACAGUGAGCCCCGACUGGGUGACUGGACUUUGGCAGGGGGAUAAGAUUAACAAGGAGUGUGCCGAGCAGCACUACGUCCAAUGCAAGCGCAACAUUCGUGCUUACUGUGAGAACCUGAAGUACCAUGGCCAGAAACAACGGGAGCUGUACAUUCAGCAGCAGCAGGCUGCUGCAGCAGAGCUCUUGCGCCCACUGCAGAAAGAGCCAGUGGAACUACCAGAAGUGACGCAGCUGUUCUUGCCACAGUUCACGCGGCCUAUGCAUCGCCGAAAAUUCUUGGUGCUGAAUGGCCCAACGCGCCUGGGGAAGACUGUCUAUGCACGGUCUCUCUUUGGCGCAGAUCACACGUAUGAAACCAAUUGUUCCGGGGUGUUGGAGCCCGACAUGAGGGAAUAUGAUGUGCUACGGCACCGGUGUGUGGUGUUUGAUGAAGCUAGUGUCCAUCUUGAACUUGAAGCACAAAAAAUUGUUUCAGGCGCCGCCUGCCGAAAUUUCACUUGGGCACUCGGCGACAGGCAUGUAUGUUUAUCGCAUCUGGGUUUGGAAUGUCGCUCUCAUUGUCACAUCCAAUGUCUGGACCACCGAACUGGAGCAGCUCGCUGCAGAAGAUCGGGAAUGGCUAGAAGGGAAUGCGAUUCUCAUUCAGUGUAG